ACCGCCGAAACAAAAUCACAGAAUGAAAAUUAAAAAUCAUAGAGUAACGAGUAACUUAAUUUUUUGGUUCCGCUUAUGUCAUGAUGUCCCAUAUUUACGAUAUUGUAGAAGACGCGAAAGUUGUAACAAAAAUAUAAUACUUGAAUUCAGAUAUGGCAGAUUGGAGGAUUAACGAAAAGUAUCGCAAACCUAGACGUACUAAAGGAACUCCUCUUUACGUGACUAGAAACUAUUUUGCUUUGGGUGGUCUGGCUUUUGGAGCCAUUAGCUGGUAUAUUUUCGAGCUCACGUCAGGCAGUAAGAAAUUAAGGAAAUUUGUCCAAGAAGGGAAACUGGAUUAUCCUGAAGGUCUUCAAUUGAAAAUUAAUCAUAUAAAGGCCAGUCUUCAAGACUCUGCAGUCAGUAUAAUUUUGGCCAAAGCAAGGGACAAUGAAUUCAAAAAACAUGAAGAAAAACCAAAAGAAGGAUCAUGGUUUAAUAAAGUCCUUUAUUCUAAACCCGAUGUGUAAUAAUCAGGCUUCAAGUAGUUUUAGGUUUGUUCCUGAUAGAAACAUAUCCCAAGUUCCAAAUCGAAAUAGUGAUUCCGAAUCUUUUGAUUCUCCUUACAAAAACUCUUUGAGUGAAAUUAAACAAAUUACCUUGAUUAAUGAUGGGGCUGAUGAUUUUAGAACUCCAAAGCCAAUUAAAAAGGCGUUGAAGAGAGUCCCUAACAAGAAAGUGACAGUAAAGAAACGAAGUUCGAAGAAAACUAAAAAAUUUACAAACUCCAUAGAAAAGUAUACCAAAAACAAUUUUCAAAAUUUAGAUGUGAAUCCAGAACAUUUGCAAAUGGCGUUAGCCUUAUCAAAAUCUACUUUUGCUGAGGAAAACCCGGAAGAAUUUAAAAAAAGUGAAGAGCAAGACUUUCCAGUAUUUUUGUCACCAGAAAAAAUUCCAAAGAGGGGAACUGUUUUGGAGCGAUAUGGAUUUAGGCCAGGUAAUAAACCUAAACUGCACCCUGAACUUCAUGUGGAUCACUCUGAAGAAUCAAAGAGACGUAAAUAUUCCAAAUUCAGAUUCGUAACACCAACUCUACAUAUUCGUACUAAGGAAGAAAGGGAAGAGUUGAUAACUGCAAAAAUAUCUUUGAUUAUUUCUCAAGAAAGACGAACAUUUCCAGAAUAUCCAAACUUCUCUCAGGAUUCUCUAAUAAGUGAUAUUUUACAGAAAUAUCACUGUCAGGAGAAUCAUAUUCUGAAUAUUGGUAUGAUUGGUAUAGAUGAACUGAAAAACUUUUGUUAUUAUUGUUGCUCUUUGGAAGUGCCUCCCAGUAGGGCAGUUUAUGGUUGUCUUUUGAAAAAGUGGGAAGAUAUCAUUGGUAGAGAGAAAUCCCCUGAGAGAUACUUUGCAACUAUCGAGUCUGAAUCAAGUGAUUCCAAGAAUGAUGAUUGUCAAAAUACCACAUUCCAGAAUGAUUCUGAAGCCUGCAAUUUUGUUGACAGACAAUUGAAUUGUCCAUCUCCAGAUCUUUUUGAUUCUGACGAUGAGUCAUCUUUGAAAACUUCUGACAGUAUUGAGAGGUUCCCAUCAUCUUCUAUAAAUAUGUCACCUUUUAGGAGCUCCGGCUCACUGUGUAGCACUAUCCAAACACUUCAAAAAUGUUCAGGAGACAUGUCGUUAAUUUGUCUUAGCAAUAAUGGCAUUGAACAUUAUGAGAGUUUCAACUCAGAUUUUCAUAAUUUGUCAAAAGAAGUAGUCAUUUCCAAGGAAACAGAAAAAUGUGAGUCUCACAGAACACGUGAAGAAAAAUUAAUUGAUUCAACGCAGAAUUCCUCCUCAAGUGGCAGCUGCUCACUGGAUAAGCAUAAUACUGAAGACGAUAAUGUUUUAGAUGAAGUACCCAAAAUUAGUUCGAGUCAAGAGAAAAUUUCCGAAUAUUCAGCUAUAAGAGAAGACACGGAAGGCAAUGAAAUGGAAUUUGAUGAUUUCUUUGAUUUGACACAAAGGUUUCCGCCACAAAAUAGAUCAAACUUGGUUUAUGAAGAAAAUCAAUCAGGCCAUAUAAUCAAAGAUACUUCUAUUAAUCAGUGUGAUAAUAAGGACCAACUAGAAGAGUUUCAUACUAAUAACAGGUCACCGUCUGUUGAGUUGCCUAGUCAAGCUGUAAAUACUGAUGAGGACAAAUAUAUUGAAGCCGCCGAACUGAGUCUGGACAAAAGUUUUGAUGUUAAAGGAAACUCUGAACACUCCAUAAAAAGACUUUCAUUUAGAUCUGAUGAACAUUCGGAGGAUUGUAACAACACAAACAAUUUAAAUAUAACAGAUUAUAUUACUGAAAUGAUGAAUUCCCUACCAGAUGAAGCUGCCCUGAUUGAAUAUAAUUCUGAAAAUGAAGCUUCAUUUUUGAAAAAUACUGAAGACACAGUUGAGGGAAGAGUAUAUGUUGAUGAGCCACCUCAAAAUAGAUCAGAUUUCAUGUGCGAAAAUAAAGAUUCCAACUCGACAAUAGUAAAUGGUUUUGUUGAUCAUUCUGAAAUUGUGGACAACCAAAAAGAAAAUGAUGCUGAUGUGAACCCAACUCCAGUUAUGGAUUACGAAUCUUUCAAGCAGAGUAAAAUAAAUAUAGACAGCCCCAUAAAACGAUAUUCAUUUAUGUCGGAUCGAUACUCAAAGGGAUAUAACAAUACAAACGAUUUGAAUGUUACAGACUUUAUAACACAAAUUUUGAAUUCUCAGUCAGAUCAAGGUUUCAACGAGAACAACUCUGAUAACUCCAGUCAAACUUCAUGUUCGCAAGAAACUAUCAUUAUCAGUGAUGAGGAACUUAACUACUCCAGCAUCCACUGUAGGAAACAGAAAAAUGAUGAUUUUUAUAACUUGAGUGUUUUCGAUGAAGUAGGUCCUGAUCAAAAUGAAGAUGUAAUAGACAAAAAAGAAAUUGAUAACAUCCAUUUAGAACUCAGAAGUAAAUAUGGAUCACAGUCAUCACAACAAAGUUUAGAAGAGGUAGAGUUGAGUCAACAUUCACAAAGUGACAAACCAGAGGGAAACCAAGUUAAAGAGCAUGUUAUACUGCAUAAAAUUGAGGUUCCUGAACCGGUUCCUUCCAAAACAAGUACCAGUACAGCACAGAUAAAUAAUGGCAUUAAUGUGUCUACCCCCGAUAAUAAUCUCUUUAUAAAAACAACAGAUGUCACCCCAAUGAUAAACUAUGAUCAGAUGGACACACCAAGCAUCAGGAGGGAGUUGGACAAAUUUGGCUUCAAACCUUUGAAAAGACCGAGAGCCAUUAAACUACUGAAGUAUAUUUAUGAAACUACCCAUCCCAUGGUUUCUUCCUCUGAAUUGUCUAGUCCUGAGGAAGAGGAAGAUGGCAGAACUGUGAAACGUAGAAAAUCGAUUCACUUUGGAGAACACUUCCUAGAUGGUGAGGGGUUGAUUUUUGAGAGAAAAAUAUCUUCGAAAAUCGUAUCUUGCCGCAUUCCUUUGCAAAUUGUUUGGUACAAUUUUCUCUCAGAAAAUCCUCAACUUGAAGAUAAUAUUCUUCUGUAUGAGCCAAUACAGCUGGAGGUUGUCCAAUCGAUGCUAAAGGAGCAGUCAGGUUGUAAAUUUCAUAUAGAGGAUCUGAUUACUUUCCUAGACAAGAAAUGUAUAACUUUCCGAACAACCCAAACUCAAAGUUCCAGAAACAAAAGAAAUUAAUUGAACUGAAGUGCCUUUAUAUAAGCUAUUUGUUAUAAUGCUAUCAAUUAUCGUAAUUUUUUUAUGUAAUGUAAUCUUUGUAUAUGUAUAUAGAAUUGUUGAUUCGAAAAUAAAUAUAAGUAAAGAUCUCAUCAGUCAUAACAAAAUAUUGAUCUCUGGUAAUAGCCUUUGCUGAAACUCGUCAAUUGUUUGCCAGGAGAAACUUCCUCCCAAAUGUAUUCAAUAUGAGAUUUUCAUUAUAAUAGUUUACAAAAU